AUGUUGUCAACGUUGGAAAUAUUACCUGAUGAGAUUCUUAUGAUGAUUUUCACAUACUCAGGCGAUGUUACCACUACUCUUCGAGCAUUUCUUGGACUGAAUCAACGUUUCAAUCGAAUUCUACUCGAUAAGCGCUUGCAUUUACUAACUGACUUUCUACAAACCAACAUUAGGGAUGAAUAUUAUAAAUGUGAUGUCUUCCAACAAGUAACUCAACGAUUAUUGACCAUCAAUAAACCAAUGGAAAAAGAGCAUUUAUAUCAAUUAUUACAACCAUUACUGAGUUUAUAUUCUCAACAUAAAUACCUACAAUCGCAAUUGGAAUUCGAAUAUGAAUAUCACAAAUUUCUAUCAGUUCGUCAACGGCUUAAUGAUGAUCGAAAAACGACCAUAGAUCUGGAACUAGAAACAGAAUUCAACAAAUUGAGAAACGGGGUCAACAUUGUCACUGAAACCUAUGUAGAACGAAUUAGAUCACUUGUCUUAAACGAAGGUGCUAAACUUGUUUGUGAGAAUCAUGAAUUAACUGGAUUCAAUCUUUGUCAAGCGAUUAACAAUUUGCUCCUUCAAUUUAUCUACGAUAAAUCAAAGGAACAAUCUGCAUUGGCUAAAUUAUGCUUGAAAUUAUUCAAAAUUUUGUUGAUUUCCAAUCCUUUGAAUAUGAAAAACAGAGACUAUGUUGGCAAUGGUGGUUGUGAUGCAUCCUAUUUCUUUAUCUAUGAAAUUUUCCAUCUACAACACUUUUAUCAUUCAAGAGUAUCAACACCAUCGGUCAAUAUGAACAUUUACCGCGCUGUCGUUGAUCUGUUUUUAUUUGCAAUGCAAUGUCAAAAACAGACAUUUCAAGAUGCUAAUCAUAUCAAACGAAUUAUGUUUAAUAUGUUGAACAUGGUUGAACAAACUCACAAGAACAUGUUCAUUCAGGCUACACAAUGGGGAGUCGUUCAGAUAAUUGCAGAUGAAUAUUUUCUGUUCGAACAUGAUACAUCGGAUGAUUAUUAUUGUUCAUAUUCAAUUAGAGGUGUAUUGAAAAAUUUAAUGAAACAUUCUCGAAUCGAUAUUCUUCGAUAUAUUUGUCGUCAUUCUACAUUUCAAGAUGAUAUCAGUAGUCCAGACAAUAUUCGAGAAACUGUGAAUAUAUUAACAAGUAAUCGGUCUCACCGACGGUUGUUCUGUGAGAUAUUGAAUGACGAAUCAUUUGCUUUUCUUCGAUCAAACAAAACGUUAAUAUUUAUUCUUUUGGACAAAAAAGAGCGACAAAUUGUCGAAAAAUUGGUGAAUCUAUCGAAAAAUGUUCUAAAUCAGUUAGAUGCAGAUGGGAAUGAUCCAUUACUCCAUGUUUGUCUGAAAGUUGCUGGUUGCCGACAUCGAAUCAUUGAAUAUCUUCUGAAAAUGGGAUCAAAUACUGAAAGAAGGAAUUUGGAAGGAAGAAAUUUUACGGAUGCAUUGCAACUUUCAAGAAAUGAAAAACUAUUGAAACACUUGAUUGAACAUGAAAUAAUCUUACCAAGAUCGACAUCAAUCGGUUAA